UUGUAUACUUUUGUGUGACGCUUGCCGCUGGGUCGAUGUAGCUGCUUUCUUUGCAAAGGAAUGUCACUUCUUUAUCUCUGUUGGGAUGGAAGUCUGACAGAUGUUUUGAGAAAAAGAUGCCGGGACUGCAGUUCCUUAUUUUAUUAAAUAACCAUGAUUCUCAAAACAACAUGGUAGUUACCUCCACCUCUGACUGGCGAGCAAGAAAAUCUGGUCAGAUUUAAGGGAACCACUGCUAAAUUCAGAGUCAGUAUUUAGUCAUUUGGCAUCAUACUUGCUUCGAAGCAUGGGCCCUUAACUUCCACUGUCAUCAGGAGACGCUGUUACACAUUUCCUUCACGUGUUGUUUGACAAAUUGUCAGGGUACUACCGUGUGUUCGUGUGCAAGCUUGUGAAGCCUUGUCAAGAUGUUUUCAGCACUUAAGAAGCUGGUGGGAUCUGAGCCAGGGCAGCUCAGGGACAAGAACAUCCCAGCUGGCCUGCAGUCGAUGAACCAAAGUUUGCAACGACGCUUCGCCAAGGGGGUGCAGUAUAAUAUGAAAAUAGUAAUCCGGGGUGAUAGAAACACUGGAAAGAGCACUUUAUGGCAUCGACUACAAGGCAAGAAGUUUGUGGAGGAGUACCUGCCCACCCAGGAGAUCCAAGCCACAAGUAUCCAUUGGAAUUACAAAACUACUGAUGACGUGGUCAAGGUAGAGGUGUGGGAUGUGGUAGACAAAGGCCAAAAAUAUCCUCUUCCUGAAGGUGUAGGCAAAGGCAAAAGGCGUGGAGACAAUUUGAAACUGGAGAAUGAGCCCCAAGAGUCAGAUGAGGUGGCCCUGGAUGCAGAGUUCCUGGAUGUGUACAAGAACUGUAAUGGAGUCAUCAUGAUGUUUGACAUUACCAAGCAGUGGACUUUUAGCUACAUCCUGAGGGAACUGCCCAAAGUACCCACCCAUGUGCCUGUGUGUGUGUUGGGAAACCACAGGGACAUGGGCGAGCAUCGUGUCAUCCUCCCUGAUGAUAUAAGAGACCUGAUUGCUGGACUUAACAGACCAAUGGGAUCAUCUUACAUCCACUAUGCUGAGUCCUCAAUGAAGAAUGGGUUUGGCUUGAAAUAUCUACACAGGUUUUUCAACAUCCCCUUCCUGCAGCUGCAGAGAGAGACACUCUUGAGGCAGCUGGAGACCAACCAGCUGGACAUGGAUGCCACCUUGGAGGAGCUUUCUGUCCAGCAGGAGACUGAGGAUCAAAACUAUGAGAUUUUCCUGGAGAACUUGGAGUCUCGCGGUAAAGGCUAUGGCUCACCUGGUCCAGCCAACGGUCAGAGUCCCUCCUCGGGCUCCCAGUCCCCCAUUGUCCCUCCCAGUGGGGCUUCCACAGGCAGCUCCAGCCCAAGCACCCCUCAGGCCCCCAUUCCCUCCCAGGUGCUUCCACAGUCACCGUCUGUGUCCGCUUCUUCCCCUCCACCUCCCUCGACAGUGGUUAGUGUCACAGCUUCACCUACUGUUGAGUCAAAGCCAUCGGCCCAGUCUCCCGAACACCUUCAGUCCUCAGCUGCGGGGGCGUCAGCCCCCCAGAAACGCAGCUUCAUGUCCCGCUGGUUUGGUUCAUCUCCUGCUCCUGAGGCUUCUGCAUCUGGACCAGAGGACCCGCCUGCAUCAGUGUGUCCUGCUAAGGUUCAGAGUGUGGAUGAUUUUGUGCCAGAUGAGAGACUGGAUAAAAGCUUCCUGGAGGACAGCCUGCCCUCCAAGACCAAGGUCCCUGCGCCUGCUCUGGCUGUGGACAGCGACAGUGAUGGUGAAGACAGAGGAAACCCCAUGGUGUCUGGCUUCCAGGAUGAGCUCGAUCCUGACGACACAGAGCCCAGUCUUCCCCAACCGAAGACUCUGCCCCUCAGUAAAGAUAUCACUCUGACCAGUGACGAGGAGGAGGGAGUACCAGCAGGCCCCACUAUAACACAGGACCAAGACCUGGACAGUGAACCUGAGCUGAAAACGCCUGUGAUCCACAUCACAAAACCAAAGGUCCCAUCUAAAGCUCCAGAGCCCAGAGGCCAGACCGCAGCACCCAUCUCACUCACUUUAACUCCAGCAGCAGAGCAGCCGGCCCGACACCAAGGCAAGAAGAAGGGAAGCCCACCCAAAGCUGAUGACUCUGAUACAGACCAUGAGGCCCCUGUAGCCCAGCAAAUGCUCUCGUUUGUCAUGGAUGACCCCGACUUUGAGUCUGAAGCGUCAGACACACCAAAAAUAGUGAAGGAUCCAUUUCCAGUCAGAGAUGAGCUUCUGUCUGACCUCUCUGAUGAUGACCUGCAGUUAGCCAAGGUGCCAGAACCUCUGAAGCCCACUGUGAUCUCUUUUAAACACAAGGACGUUACCGACCUGUUUGGCCUCGGCAUCCAAGAAGAGGCUCCCGCAGCCAAAGACAGCAGCGAGGAGCAGGAAGAGAAAGAAAGCAAACACUCCUCCAAAGACAAGAAGAAAAAGAAGAAGAAAAGCAAAGAGGAGGAUGAAAAGAGCAAGAAGAAACACAAAAACAAGAAAAAGGAAAAAGACGAAGCUGCAGCAGUAGAUGAAAAAAAGAAAAAGAAAUCCCGGACCAAGAAAACAGAAGUGGACGAGUUGGAGGACUUUCUGGGCGGGGGAGCCGGAUCGGUCAAAAGAGAUGACGGUGAUUACGAAGAACUAUAAAAGCUUCUGUUUUAUUAGGACACGGAGCCGCAGAACAGCAGCGAGGCGCGUGGUCGUUCAAUAACCUCCUGGUUCCUUGACUUCUAUGUGCAUAAAGCAGCAUCUCCAAGCCAUACGCAAUACACAAGGCUACCGACGACACCCAGGUAAAAAAUAACCAAGGACUGUGGUACCUGUAUGUUCCUUCUGAUUGAUUUUCCCAUCUGCACUACUGCUGUCACUUCAAUUUCAAUUAAUAAGACCCACAUGUACUGUAGUUAAGUCGUGACUUUAAAGUUGAUGAUCGGUGUAGCUACAAAUUAGCUCUUUGUACUUUGACUUGAUUGAAAACGUUGGUUUAAUACUUUAAUUCUUUGAUUUGAUACACUCUGCAAAUGAUCCACUCCGAAUCAGCUGCUGUAAAUAGAGUUACCAUUUUGUCUGAAUGUUUGUUUGGUGGGUGUAAUAAUUGAGAGCAUGCUAAAAGUGAAGAUUGACUCCUUAGAGACUCCAUAGUGUUGUGUCUUCUUUCUUUCCUAUUUGUUGGCUAAAAGUAAUACAUUUAGUCUUGUGUUUCUAAUUAGGAAGAGAGAGUUGAUUUUAGAAUUUUCCCCGUCACCAACUAUGGAAAUUACUUUACCCUUUUCACUCUUGGAGUACGUCCACACCAAGCCGGCUAAAUCGGUUUGUUUUGGCUUCCAUCCACACCUAACCAGUGUUUAUUUUACAUGAAACCAGAUCUUUUCAAAAAUGUUCUUAAGAGUGGAUAAGUGGACCAGGAAAAUUUAGCUUUUGGAAAAUAGAUGUACCUGCAAAGUUAAAAAGAAGUUAUCACUCAUUUUGAUCAUCUCAAAGCAUCAGAAUGGCUGAAUACACUACACAUGGGUUGUCAUUAACCCGGAUAGGAUGCAGGUUUAACCAGCUGAGACUCAGUAGAGUAACCAGGCUGUGUCUGACUCACCAGAUUUAGGCUGUGCAUCAGUUUUAUUGUUUGCUGUUGAAAAGAGGACAAAAAAGAGGGGAUAAAACACUAGCAAGUCUGAAUUUGUGUGACUUUUAUUAUUUCUAUGCCAUGUUCCAUGAUGUUUAUCCGUAGGCGUAAAGAGCGUUCUUCGCGUGCAACAUGGAGCAGAGAAAGAGAAAUGAUGCUUUAUUUUGUUUCUGGGAACCUGUACCAGGUGCGUUAUACAUAAUGAAUCAUAUGUUCUUAUGCACACAUAAGUCUGCAGCUCACCCACACACUCGCCCUCUUUCUACUGACUGGAAAGAAAAAAAGGCAGAGCCCACCUUCACCCCUCAGUGACCAUGAAAAGCCGUUAUAGUGUGGACGUAGUCUUGGUGUGAAACUGAUAACCGCCACCAGCCCACUGGCUUUUGUCACCCCCUAAAGCCAGGUCAGAAUAGCUGGUACGAGUUACUUUCCUGCACUGUCUGCUUCAGCCUGCAGGCUAUGUACUGAUUCUAUUUAUGUUUUCUGCAAUUGCCUUAUUGAUGGUCACUACAAGGGAAUGAUGUGCCGCUGUCCUCGUGAACCAUUUUUAAGUGUUCUUACUGUAAAGUGUGUUAGGUAGCUCGGCUGGGUUCAGAAUGUUGUCCUUGCUUUUUAUUGGUGAAACAGAAUCUAUAUCAUCUUUAAAUCCUGUUAUAAGAUUGCAGUGUAUCAGUACAUUUGUAUGUCACUUGUUUUUGUUUGAUUUGACAGCAAAACACCAUUCUUAUAAAGGAGUGUUAUGAAAUUAUGCUAAUAUUUCUCUGUAAGUAACAUUUCCAAGAUUUUCUCAUUGUGUUAUCCUUAUGUUAUUUAUUGCUUCUAUUUUGUUUUGUUGCUAAAUGUCAGAAUUUUGUGUGAUUUGUGCUGAAACAGUCCUUAACGGUCAAAAAAGUGAUGCAGCUUUUUAAUGGGUUACAGUUCUUCCCAUUCACUUUUUCCUGUAAUACAUCCUCCAAUGGUUUACUUCCACUGCUUUUAAGAACAUGUAUGUCAUGAUAUGAACUGCUAAACUUUUCAUGUGUUAUAUUUUUUGUCCGAUGCCUGCUCAUGAUGGACGGAGAUGACGUGCAGUAUCUUCCAUAAAUUGCAUCACCAAAAUGUUUCAGAUAACUGAAGCAUUCUUGCAUCUAAGAGAAAUAAUGUGUAUUUUUAGACAUGUUUUGACAACUGACAGAUUUCAUACAGUUUCCAUCUCUCAUGCACAUAUGGUUAAAAUCUGUUGGUUUACAAAGAAACUAUGUUUGAUAUUCCAAAGUUGAAACUAUGCAGCAUUGAUCCUGAAUACUGUAUGCUCUUUUUUUGUCUUUUGUCAUGUAAUUGAGGAUAAAUGCUGAAAGCACAGUUUCAAACCAAGCAUGAGACUUAAAUGUACAGCAAGAAAAGAAUGUAUAAAGUAUAUAAAUAAAUCUUUACAUUUGAA